AAUAGAGGAAACCUCUCCUGUCUGUAGUAGAAAGUGUUUCUUUCCCCAGUUUGGGUAGCAGUAAGUUUUAAAUAAUAGAAUCGGUGUAAAACUGCUGUCUUGUCUGACAAAUUGGACCUGUGUGUGAAGAUACAGGGAGCCUUAGGAGAGAGGGUGUGAACAUUCUUGCAGGCAAAUCCAGAGAGAAGACCAGCCCACUGGUUCAGUACACCUGGAAAUAGCUGCAUGGGGCACACCUCUGGGCAGCAGCAGCAGAGCUUCCAUCUCUCCCGGGCCUCUCACUAUGCGGUUUUUAAUCAGAAGACUUCCUAAAGAUCCCAGAAUAUUCCGUUGGCUCCUUAUUUUAACAGUCCUUUCCCUCAUCAUUACUUGUUUUAGCUCCUUGUUUGGCGUGGAUAAAAGUGUUUUCAGGCAGCUCAACCAAAGCAUCUCACAUAUGCUACAAGUGGACGCCCAAGAUCAGCAAAGCUCAGACUAUUCUGCUAAUGGGAGCAUUUUGAAGGUUGGUUUGGAGAGAAACGCUACGUGGCUCGAACUGAAUACUGCUGUGAGUACACCAAGUUGGGAAGGGAAGAAAGAGCAGAAGGAAACAGUGAGACCAGUUGCCAGGGUGGAAGAAGGCAAGGAGAAGGUGACUGUGAAACCAUUCCCUGAGGUGGUGGGAAUCAAGAAUACAACAGCAUCAACAGCCUCUGUAGUGGAGAGAACAAAGGAGAAAACAACAGCAAGACCAGUUCAAGGGGUAGAGGAAGCUGAUGGGAAGAGAACAGUUCCCAGGAUGAAGGGAGACAAAGAGAAGGCGACUGUGAAACCAUCCUUUGGGAUGAAGGUGGAUCAUGCAAACAGCACAUCCAAAGACAAACCAAAGGCAGAAGAGCCUCCUGCGUCAGUGAAAACCAUAAGACCUGUGACUCAGGCUGCCACAGUGACAGAAAAGAAGAAACUGAGGGCUGCUGAUUUCAAGACUGAGCCUCAGUGGGAUUUUGAUGAUGAGUACAUACUGGAUAGCUCAUCUCCAGUAUCGACCUGCUCUGAAUCAGUGAGAGCCAAGGCUGCCAAGUCUGACUGGCUGCGAGAUCUUUUCCUGCCAAACAUCACACUCUUCAUAGACAAGAGGUACUUCAAUGUCAGCGAGUGGGACCGCCUGGAGCAUUUUGCACCUCCCUAUGGCUUCAUGGAGCUGAAUUACUCACUGGUAGAAGAAGUCAUGUCACGCCUGCCCCCAAAUCCCCACCAGCAGCUGCUCCUGGCCAACAGUAGCAGUAACGUGUCAACGUGCAUCAGCUGUGCCGUUGUGGGGAAUGGAGGGAUACUGAAUAACUCUGGAAUGGGCAAGGAGAUCGACUCCCAUGACUACGUGUUCCGGGUGAGUGGAGCUGUCAUCAAAGGUUACGAGAAGGAUGUGGGAACAAAAACCUCCUUCUAUGGAUUCACAGCAUUCUCCCUUGUGUCCUCUCUCCAGAACUUGGGACGCAAAGGGUUCGAUAAGAUCCCGCAGGGGAAGCAUAUCAGGUACAUUCACUUCCUGGAGGCAGUUAGAGACUAUGAGUGGCUGAAGGCUCUUCUGCUGAACCAGGAUAUCAGGAAAGGAUUCCUGAACCACUAUGGGCAAAGGCCCCGGGAGAGAUUUGAUGAAGAUUUCACGAUGGAUAAGUACCUGGUAACUCACCCUGAUUUCCUCAGAUACUUGAAAAACAGGUUCUUGAAAUCUAAGAAUCUGCAGAAGCCCUACUGGCGGCUGUACAGACCCACAACAGGAGCCCUCCUGCUGCUGACUGCCCUGCAUCUCUGUGACCGGGUGAGUGCCUAUGGCUACAUCACAGAAGGUCACCAGAAAUACUCGGAUCACUACUAUGACAAGGAGUGGAAACGCCUGGUCUUCUACAUUAACCAUGACUUCAACUUGGAGAAGCAGGUGUGGAAAAGGCUCCAUGAUGAGAACAUCAUGAAGCUCUACCAGAGACCCUGACUGUGUGGUGAGGGCCGUUGCCUGGGAAAUCUCAACAGCACCUCACAGGGAACAGAAGAGGACCUCAGAAGCCAGGGUUAGCACUGCACUUCCAGGCCCAGCUUCAGCUGCACAGAGAUAUUUCUGUCCUUUGGUAUCUUUAUUUUCUAACAACACUUCCUAAAACGUGCAUAUUCUACAGACCAAGAGAACAGAAGGGAAAAGUGCCUCCAAACAAGUCCCACCUGACUUGUGGAUGGUUGUAUGCUCUGGUGCUGGGAAAGAGAAAUCCAGGAUGAAUCUGAAUAGCAGAUGUUCCAGUGCCCAUUAUCUUAAUCAGGUUCUCCCUCUGCAAGAUGGUUUGGGGCUAGUUUUGCUGUAGGUGGGUUCUCUCUGUGAGCAGUGCUCUUUGUGGAGCUGGGUGUUUUUGAUAAGCAGUGGGAAAAGGGGACACGGACCAUCCUGUCUCAAGGGGAUGAUUUGUGUCCUGGAGGUGCUCUUGUUGCUCUGCUCCCUGCAAACAUAAAGACUGAACUCUUAACUUCCAAAUGCAUCUCAGUUCCCAAUGUGACUUUGCUGUGACACCUCCUGGGGAGCACUGUGAUGUCUGGUGCCCAGCCUGCUGACCUUGGUCUAGUUCACCAUCAGCACAAGAGAAGGGGAGAGCUCUCCAGAGUGCAGCAGGAUGCUGGACAUUGUGCCUCUUGCUGUGGGGCUCCCCUGGCUGCUGACUGCAUGUAGUGAGUCUGGUGCAGAAGCUGGUGCUUGGCUAUGCCAGGAGCAUGGUGCCUCCUCUCCUACCAGGAGAAAUGAGAGUUCUCAAUGUCCAGGGAUGGAUGCUCUCUGUCCUUGCUGCUGACUGGAGUGCCUGCCUACAUUGUGCUGAGAAAAGCACUGUUGCAGCCAGCAAGCCUUUGGACUACUGGUCUUCUGAGUGGGCUUUUGCAAACAAAAUAAACGGCACUGCUUUACCCAA